AUGGCUACAGGAAAGCAAAUGGCGGAUAGGCUUUUGUAUGGUCUUGUUAAAGCAAUUGGUCGAAAGGCAGUGGUGUCAUUGAAUUCUGGCCUUAGAAUAUCUGGAAUUCUUUACACAAUUGGCGAGUUUUCAAGUGAUGGAAAUUUCUCCAUCUGUUUAAAGUUUCCCUUAGACGAAACUCCUGCCCCUGCAAAUGAUCACAAAGUUGAAAUAUUUGAUUCUGAGUAUUUACUAAUUCCGAACAAGGAUAUCCUUAUGAUAAGAAUACGGAAUGUGGACUUCACAACUGUUGAAAAGAACGAAAUUUAUUCUGGAGAAUCUAACGGUGUUAAGUCCGACGAAUCUAAUGGCUUUAAAACGGAUUCUGCAAUAUCUUCCGAACACCACACUUUUCAGCCUCAUGCUUUGAAGAAAUGGGUUCCUGAUGACGGCUUGGUGGAUCAAACACUUGAUUCCUUGGAAUUGAAUACUGGUAAGUCUAGUGGCGGUCACUGGGAUCAGUUUAAAGCAAAUGAAGAAAAGUUUAACAUUCAUUCAACCUUCGACGAAUCUUUGUACACUACAAAGAUAUCCAAGGACAGUCCUGAUUUUCAGCGGAGAUUUAAGGAAGCAGAAAGAAUUGCUCAUGAGAUUGAGUCGCAGGGCACUCAUGGCAAUGUUCACUUGGCGGAGGAACGUGGGCUACGUGUUGAUGACAGUGGAUUCGAUGAAGAAGAUAAGUAUUCCGGUGUUCUGAGGGAUCAAUCCCCUACAAGCAGGAAAGGAAAAGAUUCGACAUCUGAUAAACAAAAGGAUAAUCGCAGGCCCUCUGCACAUCCGGAUGAAGAUAAGAUUUUGAUGGGAAUGUUGAAAAGCAACAAGCAAAAGUCUAUUUCUUCUAUAAAGCCUGUUCAGGCAGGAAGAUAUGCUACGCCUCGUCAACGUGCUGCGUAUUACCACAAGGAUCCUGCUGUCAUUUACUCUUCAGCUGUAACAAAUCUACCUGCAAAGCCAAUUAAGAAAGUUGCUACGGAAGAGUCUGCUUCAACCUCGAAUAAUCCAGAGAUCAACAAUGACGCAGUUCCAAAGUCUGCCCCAGUUGUUUCAUCCUCAAGUAAGAAUCAGGAGAAACCAAAAGCUGCUUCAGCUAAUGUUUCCAAUAAAAAUGAGGCUGGAACUUUAGCAAAUUCUGGUAGUAAACCUUUGUCAAAGCAUCAAUCCGAUAUCGCUGCAUUAAAGGAGUUUUCUGCACACCUUAAAAUCCCUGAGAACGUGCCAGGAGAUAUCUUACCUUUAAUAUCCAAAGCUCGCAUGCAGAGGCAGAAAGCUGAUUCGAAAGGAAGGGAAAAGAAGGUUGAAGCUAAGCCUCAGCAGACGGCUAAGAAAGUUAACGAUAAAGGAGCUACUAAUGUCGGUGAGAAAUCUUCGUCGUUCAAGCAAGAAGAGACCAAAACCAGUCAUGAUGGCCAGAAAUUACAGAAAGAGCACCAGGAUGGUGUUCAUUCUGAAUCGGUCAUUACUAAAGUUAAGACGAACAGCACGAAGGUUGGUAAAGUUGCUAAUAUGACCAAUCUUCCUUUGAAAAAUAAUACGGAUACAAGAUAUGGCCAAGCACAACAGAAUAGGCACAGGAGGUCUCCUGCAUCGUUCUUUGGCGCCGGGAAAGUUCCUUCCGAUACAUCCAAGGCUAAGCGGAGCUUAUUAGAGGGCAAAUUUAGUCUUCUUGUUAGCGCAAAGAUGGAAUAUGAGCAGCAAUCGAAGGAUAAUGAAAAGAACUCGGCAACUGGUGCUAUUUUGAUCGUUCAAAUAGAACGACCAUUUACAACAACACCUACCUGGCCAUCAACAGUUGCGGAGUCCUACAAAAGUACGUUCUCCUUGCAACCCGAAUGGGUUCCUGCUCCACCGAUGGGUAGAAAGCUGUUUAUGCCUUCUCAGACGAUACCUAUGAUGGCACCGCAAUCGAUACCACCGCCAAUCAUUAUGCCAUCAGGGGGCCCUCCUCGCAUGAUGGAAAUUAAUCCGUUAUCUCCUCAGCAAACUUCACAGCAGUUUGCAUACGGACGCCGUGGUAGUAGUGCAAGCAGAAGAAACAAUUCUCAAAGUUCCUCUCCUAGUAUGCAGAAUGUUCCACCCCAGUCUCCUGUGCAACCUGUUCAGGCAGUGCAACCUGCCUUGCCUCACAUACCACAACAGGCUCAACAGCCAAAGUCUCGGCAGCAGGGGCAGCAACCAGUUCAAACACAACAGUUACCAAUGGCAUCUGUGAAUGCGCCGCCGCCUCAGCCAAUACAUAUGCAAUCGCCUAACCAGAUGAGUGGAAUGCAGAUGGGAGCUGUUCCGCAGUAUCAGUUUGUGUAUCAACAGCCACAGUUCAUACCUAUGUAUACUCCAAACCCAAUGGCUAUAAAUGGAGCACAGCCAAUGUCAUUUUAUCCGGGAAUGCCUCCACCGAUGAUGCCGGGAAGUGGUGGUAUGAUGCCAAGGCGGAAUUCAAGGAAUCGUGGUGGACAUUAUCCACGGCAAUGA